AUGGUGACCACGAAAACUCAUGCAGUUCUUCUAGCCAGCCCUGGUAUGGGACACCUAAUUCCCACAGUCGAAUUAGGUAAACGUCUUGCCACUCACCACGGUUUCGACGUCACCAUCUUGGUCGUCAUAGCCAGUACCGAUUCCUCCGACACAACAAAAUCAUCUAAAGUUCAACAAACAUCCAACAUUAAUGGACUCAAAAUUAUUGUUACACCUCCUUCUGUCGAUGUCUCUGACAAAAUUGACCCAAACCACUCCUCACCCUUAGGUGCAAGAAUCAUUUUAACUAUGAUUGAAUCUCUUCCUUUUAUUCGAUCCAAAAUCUUAUCCAUGAAGUUUCCACCAUCGGUUCUUAUCGUGGACAUCUUCGGCACUAUGGCUUUACCCAUGGCACGAGAUCUUAACAUGUCUACCUACGUUUUCUUUACCACCAACGCUUGGUUUUCAGCUGUUAUGUUAUACGCUCCUUUCAUCACCAAUGAAGCGUUUUCAAGACAUGCUAUUGAUCACGAACCGCUUUUGAUUCCGGGUUGUGAACCGGUUCGGUUUGAGGAUACACUGUUUCAUUCUCCAUGGGGACCUACUCAUGAUGGUUUCGUCAAUAAUGCAAAGGAGAUAUUAUCCGUUGAUGGGAUUUUGAUCAACACGUGGCAAGAUCUUGAGCCGGGAGCAACUAAGGCUGUUAUUGAUGGUGAGAUUUUAAGCCGGUUUGCGAGAGGACCGGUUUAUCCGGUUGGACCGCUCGUAAGAACAGUUGAACCGGAGGAGAAGAGGAAGAGUGAGAAUGAGAAUUUAAUUUUAAGAUGGCUUGACCGGCAACCGGCUGAGUCGGUGAUUUUUCUUUCGUUCGGAAGCGGUGGGACUCUGUCUGAAGUUCAGACGAGGGAAUUGGCUUACGGGUUAGAGUUGAGUCAGCAGAGGUUUGUUUGGGUGGUGCGGAGGCCCUCGGAAGAUGAUGCAUCUGCGGCGUUUUUCGAGGCGGGGAAGGGUAUUGAUGGAUUAGAUUAUUUGCCUGAGGGGUUUUUGAGUAGGACAAAGGAAGUUGGGAUAUGUAUCCCAACAUGGGCUCCACAGACUGAGAUUUUGAAACAUCCUGCGACGGGUGGUUUCGUGACGCACUGCGGUUGGAAUUCUGUGUUGGAGAGUAUCCUCAGCGGUGUUCCGAUGGUUGCGUGGCCGCUUUAUGCAGAGCAAAAGAUGAAUGCUACUAUGUUGUCCGAUGAGCUUGGGGUUGCGGUGCGGGCGACGGCGGCGGAGGGAGGUGUUGUUUUUAGAGAAGAGAUAGCGGAUGUGAUUAGAAGAGUGAUGGUGGAUGAAGAAGGUGUAGGUAUGAGGGUUAAAGUUAAGGAGUAUAAGGUAAGUGGAGAGAAAGCUUUGUCUACGUUUGGUUCUUCUCAUGAGUCGUUUUGUCAAAUGGCAAAAGAAUGUGAAGUUUGUGGUGCUUAG